CUGGUUGUUUGUGUAUCUGCAGCUGCUCGGCUCAGGGUGGCGGGUUUGCGCUGUCCUGACACUCAAGGACCUCCUGUGAGCCGUUGUGUGUGUGUGUGUGUGUGUGUGUGUGAAGAGAUCAGCUGUCAUAAACCAACACUACAGAUAGCAGCAGCCAGCAGCAAGAGCAGGUCAGACGGGACACGCGCAGAGGCUCUUGUUCAGUUAUACACAGCUAGAUCAAAUCAAAGCGAGCUGCCACUAUCCGUGUCAAAAUGGACUGGUGUACGGGCGAACUAACGUGAAAACAUCCUAGUGUAGCCUACUUGUGAUGAUCUGAAGUGUUUACUCUCUCAGCUUUUGCAUUGAAGCACAAUGUAUACGUUUGACAGCCGUGCGUAACAUUUCGUCCGGUCUGACUAUGACAGAGGACAUAAUGACGGCUGUGCGCGGAAAUCUUUCUCAAACAGCAGGUGCCUCGGGACAAAAGGACAGCGGACAAACUGAACCCGUAAGCGGGGAGAUCCCUUUCUCGUCGCCCGCGGAGCUGAGCCAGGACCCCGCGUCCUGCACCGGGGAACUGACGCGCACGUGGCUGCAGUUCGCCAAGACAUUCUUCAUUAUCUUCCCCAUAUAUGUCUUGGGGUAUUUUGAGUUCAGUUUCAGUUGGCUCUUAAUCGCACUCACGAUAUUUUUCUUUUGGAAGAGAAACACGAGGUGUAAGAACACUAGGCUGAAUAGAGCACUUUCUUUUUUGGAGGAAGAGGACACGGUUAAACAGGAGGUGGAUGCAACCGAGUUACCCUCAUGGGUUCAUUAUCCAGAUGUGGAGCGAGUUGAGUGGCUAAAUAAGACAGUGAAACAGAUGUGGCCUUACGUGUGUCAGUUUGUGGAGAAGCUGUUUAAAGAAACAAUCGAGCCAUCGAUCAAAGAAGCCAGUCCCCACCUCAGUACGUUCGGCUUCACCAAGAUUGAUCUUGGAGAUCAGCCUCUCAGAAUCAAUGGGGUCAAAGUUUACACUGAGAACGUGGACAGACGGCAGAUCAUCAUGGACCUUCAGAUCAGCUAUGUUGGGAAUACUGAAAUCGAUGUGGAUGUCAAAAGGUACUACUGUAGAGCAGGGAUCAAAAGUAUACAGCUUCAUGGAGUUCUGCGGGUGAUUCUUGAGCCACUUUUGGGGAAUAUGCCGCUGGUUGGUGCUCUUUCCCUCUUCUUCCUAAAGAAGCCACUUUUGGACAUAAACUGGACAGGCCUCACAAAUAUAUUGGACAUUCCAGGGCUUAAUGGCUUUUCAGACCACAUGAUCCAGGAUAUUAUCAGCACUUACAUGGUGUUGCCUAACAGGAUCACUGUACCACUAAUAGGUGAGGUUGAAUUGGCACAGCUCCGUUUCCCCAUGCCAAAGGGAGUUCUAAGGAUUCAUUUUCUUGAAGCUCAGAAUCUGGAAGUUAAGGACACCUAUCUGGGCGGGCUGAUCAAAGGCAAGUCUGACCCCUAUGGCAUGCUGCUGGUCAGCAACCAGCUCUUUAGAAGCAAGACCAUCAAAGAAUGUCUGCACCCAAAAUGGAAUGAGGUGUAUGAGGCACUAGUAUAUGAACAUUCCGGACAACAUCUGGAAAUUGAGCUCUUUGAUGAAGACCCAGAUAAAGAUGACUUCUUGGGCAGUCUAAUGAUUGACUUGAGUGAGCUUCAUAAAGAACAGAAAGUUGACGAGUGGUUUGACUUGGAAGAAGUUACUACAGGCAAACUUCAUCUCAGAUUAGAGUGGCUGUCAUUGUACCCGAGUGCUGAGAAACUAGAUCAAGUAUUAUGGAGCAUAAGGGCCAAUGACAAUCUUUCCUCAACUCUGCUAGUUGUUUGCCUGGACUCUGCCAGUAAUUUGCCGAGUGUCUUUGAGGGCAGCUUUGGCUGUGGAAACCUAAAGGAGAGGAGGGCCUCUGGCCUAGUCUUUUGUGAGAACCCCGACUCUCUCUGUAGAACAUUGUUUUCUGGGAAGAAAGUGAGCAUAGAUCCAAAUCCUUUUGUCAAACUGACUGUAGGACAAAAGAUGUACACCAGCAAGGUAAGAUAUAAAACUAGCGAGCCGCUGUGGGAAGAGGCUUUUCACUUCCUUAUCAAGAACCCACACACAGAGGAACUGGAAAUUGAGGUGAGGGAUAGUAAGCACAAGUGCUCUUUGGGAAGUAUGCGGGUGGCACUUGGUUCUCUCCUGAAGGAGGUGGACAUGACGCUGAAUCAGCAGUUCCCCCUGCAGAACUCUGGCCCCAACAGCACCCUCAAACUCAAAAUGGCUCUCAGGGUCCUUGGUUUAGAGAAGGAGGUCACAUGCAGCCAGCCGUCGUCUGUCCGAGUCAGACACACUAGUCGGAAUAGCACUUGCAUGUCUCCACAACCUCAAGCAGCUACUAGCACCAGCAACUCUGCAGUCAUCCAGCCAUCACACAACCCGUCUUGUACCCUUGCACCAGACACCCCUCAAGGGAAAAGAGGAUUGGAUGGCUCCCCGGUGCGGAUAGCAGAGGCAGGCCACAGCGUCUCCAGUCUAGAGAUGAACAGCUUGCAGAAGCAUCAGUCUCCCAGAAACUCUAUGCCUAGUCUGGCCUCUGACAUCUCGCUGCCCUCUGCCACACUGGAGCUGCAGCACAGGUUACAGCAGCCACAGAACGGGUCUGGGCUGAGCCAGUGUCCGCUCGGUGAAGUCCAGCUCACUAUCCGACACAGCUCACAAAGGAAUAAACUCAUUGUAGUGGUUCAUGCCUGCAGAAACCUCACAGCACUGACUAAAGAUGGCUUAGACCCAUACAUCCGCCUGUACCUGUUACCAGACAAGAGCCGCAGUGGCCGCAGAAAAACCAGCACUCUCAAGAAGACGCUCAAUCCUACCUAUGACCAGUUCUUUGAGUUCAGCGUGUCAAUAGUGGAACUGCACAGGAGGACAUUGGAUGUCGCUGUCAAGAAUGGAGGAGGACUGUUGUCUAAACACAAAGUACUACUAGGCAAGGCAGUUGUGGACUUGGCAAGUGAAGACAUUUCUAAAGGAUGGACCCGAUGGUAUCAUCUGACUGAGGAUGGAUCAAAGAAGAUAAUUCAGAUCUAGGGGUUCAUGCUAGAAAGCAGAUAUGAAUGGAACCGCAGAUAACUGGGACAUGUCACGGCACGCACAGGAUUGAAGCUUUAGUAGCAGAAGAGCAGCGCUGGACUAUCUAAACCAGGCUAAUUCUGCUGGGAUUUACACUGGCCUACAAAGUGUCUCUCUCAUUCUCCCCAAAGCUAAAACUGCCACCUGGUCCGCUUACUCUCUCUUUCUCAAAGGAUUCAAUCUGAUUGUCUUUUUUGUUUUGUCUGCUUGUUUUUGUUUUAUUCAUCUUAUUGGUGUUUGGACAAAUAAUUUCCCUUUUUUUUUACCUGAUAAAAUACGUUACCCAUGAAGUUAAGAAACGAUGAUAGAAAAAAAAUAUAUUAUUUAGAUCAUUAGAUUUAUUAAUACAUGUGCCUUUAUUUAUUGCAUUUAAGUUAUUCUGAUAAUAUUUUGAAACUUUUUGAUUUCUGGGUUUUGUAAGCAAUCAAAAUCACAUCUGAAAGAAUUUCAUGUUAAUGGAAAGUCAGAUAUUAUUGUAGCAUUGUUGUUGUUUUUUUUUGAGACAGUAUAUUACAUAAAACACAUGGCCAAAGCCAAAGGCCACACGUAAACCUUUGUAUGUAUAUAUAUGAACAUUUAUUUUUUUCUUCAAUUUUAUGCUUAUUUUAUCUCAUACAGCUAUUUACUGUUACUGUAUGUGCAGAUCUUCAUAGAUGAUCCACUGGUAAUUUAUUUUAGAAGUAUUUUACUGUAUCCUGUUGCAGAACACAAAAUGAAAAGAUUGUACAGAAAUGUUUGAUACCCAUUUUGUCAGCAACAGUUUUAAGAGAAAAAGCAUAAUGUGUAUUUAGUAUGUGACAUUUUUAAGAUGUUAUGGAUUGUUUUUAAAGACUGUGAAAUGGCUGUUGAUAUGAUUUCCAGCCUUAUUCUUCUCUAUGCAUGAUAUCAUUAAAAUGUGAAAUUCAACUUGAAUCACACUGAACUUGUAACUUGAACCACUUUCAGAAUUUUAGGAUUGUGGACCACACAAUUUGUGGUUACAGUUUUUCAAUACGUUUAACAACUUUCCUACUCUUAACCCACUACUCCUAACUCUUAACCCACCAACACACAACUGUCAAAACAGUUAAUUACAUGCUCAAAAUCACACAUUGUAAACAAAACUCCAGCACUCAUUUUUAACAUGCAAUAAUACAUUAACACAAUACACUAUGACUACCAAAACACUGCAAGCAUGUCUCAGAAAUCAAAUAAUUAUUCCAAAACACUAACACACGUUGUCUUCCAACAGGAACAUUUAGUCCAUCACGGCACAAUGUCAUAAAAACACUAACAUCAGAUGGAAUUACAGAAACGUUAUUUUAUAUGCCUCAGCCCUGCCCUUGUACAAUAGAUUGUAUAUUGUAUUGAUCAUAGAUCGUGUGUUGCACUGCAUUGUUUUGAAGCCUCUCUACAUUUUAGUUUUGUUGUUUUUAGUAAAUGCAUGCAUUUUGUUUCUUUGCAGCAGAAAUUCAGUACAAAAAAGUAAAUGACCCAUCUCAGGUAGGUUUACAGAAUGUACAGUUUAUGAAGAAAAAAAAAGACAACAGAGUCAGAAUGAAAUGCUUUAUUUGCAACGAGAAAUUAAUGCAAGAUAAAAAAAAAUAUGCAAUAUGUUAAUUGUAUAGCCUACAGAGACCGAUAUUGUACUAACUGUGUAUAGGAUUUUGAAAAUGUGACUACAGAUUGGAGAAAGGGAUG